AUGGAUGUAUUGAAUGAACUGUCAGAGAAGAAUGGUGAUAAAGAGGCUGGUACGAAUUUGAAGCGCAAGGCAACUGGUGCCGUGGAAGUGGAUGAUGUUCCAAAAAGGCCUAAUACAGGAAGUGAUGUUAGAGAAAACUCACAAUUAUCGUCGUCUGGAUAUUCAAAGUAUAUACAGCCAGAGUAUGGCUCGAAUAAUCAAGAUGCAUCGACGUCUCUACGGGAUGAGCCAGAGGUUAUGAUCAUUGAUGAUGGUUUGACAACCAAUAUGCACAUCGGUCAGAGAUUUGUGAAUAGAGUUCUUAGACAUUUGGAAAGUUCAGCCACAGUUCGUGGUAGAGCAGCGCAUAAUGACAAGAUUAGCACUAGUAAUAUCAAUAGUAAUGACAAUGUCAGCACCAAUAAUGGUAAUUGUGGUUUAAAGAUAGUGCAGGAAGGCCCUUCGGCAACAGUAAACACAUCAACCACUGUUGUAAAGAACAGAUCGGUGAAGGAAUUAUGUGACGCUCUAGGUAUCACUCAUCUUCCAUCAUCAAUGCACGUUAUGAAUCUAAUACAAGAGAAAGUGCAAAAAUUUGCUGCUGAAUUCAGUGAAUUUGAACAGCACAUAUGGACUCAUUAUUCGAGUAAUGCGCAGAUCGCAUUUGCUGCUUUGACCGAAAAAUACACUGAAUCGAAUUGGCGCCAAUUGCCAAAUUACUAUUUUAUAUACGUAAAAGGUGAAGAAUUUGGUGGAAUAUUUUUUCUGGUAUAUCCUGGAGCGAAUAUGUUCGCUGUAGGCUCAACAGUGAACGGAUGUGGGGCAUACAAUUCGGAUAUGGACUUAUGUUUGUGUUUGCCGCAUCCAGCUCUUGGUUACGACACCGACAGACAGUAUGCUAUACCUUACCAUCUUUCCGUACCGAUCUUGAAAUUGGAAAUGGGCGGACCGUAUUCAGAGUUGGAAAUCGACAUCAAUUGUAACAAUGUCGCUGGGAUUUAUAAUUCACACUUGUUACAUUAUUAUUCAAGAAUCGACGAUUGUUUCCCAGCGUUGUGUUUGGUUGUGAAGCAUUGGGCAAUAAUAGCCAACAUAAAUGAUGCAAUGUCUGGGACGUUAAACAGGCUCGUUCUGCCUUUUAAUGAUUUUGCUGCUAUUGUCGUUAACAUGUGUUGCACAAUGCCUCCCGUCUUACCGAAUCUCCAAGAACUUAAUCCAGAUAUUUUUAACGCACCUCGUGGCGUAGAACAACUGGAGUUAUUCCGUGAUGUGCCACAACUACCUCAACGUCCAUUGAAUCAUGCUUCAGUUGGUGAACUACUAAUUGCCUUUUUUGACUAUUAUUCGAAAUUUGAUUUUGAUACAAAAGCGAUUUCGGUUGCAAGAGGAUGUGUUUUUGAUAGGAGUGAAUUGGCGGCAGAGACAAAACGGUACAAAAUUUUCAUCGAGGAGCCGUUCGAUCAUCAGAACACUGCACGUUGUGUCACUAGAGUUGAACGAUUGCGUGCCAUUAAGACGGCAUUCAUCAGUGCUCGAAAUGCAUUCCUGGGCCCCACUUCUGGUCCACCAAAACUCGCAAAUAUUGGUGUUCACUGA